AUGAGGAAGCGGGAGCGGGAGAACCCGUGCGGGAUCUGCGGGCACUACCACAAGUACGAGGAGGGGGAGCCGUGCGGGGUGUGCGGCCACCGCCCGCCGGCGCUGGGGCCCGCCGGGCCGGCGGCCGCGCCGCGGCAGGAGUCGGCGUUCCCCUCGGAGAUACUCAAGGACUUCCUCUUCCUCGGCAGCUACGACAACGCCUCCCGCUCCGAGCUCCUCAAGACCAUCGGCAUCUCCCACAUCCUCAACACUGUACCCUUAUGCCAAAACCUUUACCGGAACUCUUUUACUUAUCACUGCCUUCAAGACGACAAGACUUUGCAGUUUGAUGAUGCAAUCCAAUUCCUAGAACAAUGCGAGAGGGAUAAAGCACGAGUGCUAGUCCAUUGCAUGUCAGGGAAAAGUAGGUCAGCUGCAUUUGUUGUAGCCUUCUUGAUGAAGUCCAGAGGCUGGCGACUUGCACAAUGUUUUCAGUGGGUGAAAGAACGGAGGCCACAAGUGCAACUGGCUGAUGCGGCACAGCAGCAGUUGAUUGAGUAUGAGCAGAAGCUUUUCAGUUGCAAUGUUGCUCCAACGGAUUCAUUCCCUUCUCUUGGAUUUGGUUUUCCGAAGCCGUCUGGUGAUGUCCAGGUGCCUAUCUUUAACCAGCAGGCUCCAGGGUCCAUCUUUGAGCGGGUCAGCCCGAAUAACAUCCCGAGUAAUUUCACAUUUGGGGCCACCGAAGCUAAGCUCCCGGAUGGCAGUAACUUCGGUGUGGUCAACUUGGCUGGGACUGAUAGCAUGAUGGACAGCUCCUAG